AGUUCUUGGUGCGUUGAGGUUUUAAUGAUUAAGGUUGCCAUAUGUGCUUAAUCUACCAUGUUGUCUAACCAAAAUAAACUAAUAAACAGUAAAUCUGCUGCAAAAGUAAAGAUAAGUAUUAAUAAAAAAAAAUAAAAAAAAAUAAACGUCAGAUUAAUUGUCAAAAUAUUUGAAAUAAUUAAAGCUUAACUUUAAGGGCACACACAGACGCGUGUUCGUAUAAGGAAAGCGAUGUUUAAAAUAAGAAUUUGUCUAUUCUUCAGGCAUCUGUCGUCUCUGAAGGAUUGACGCUGGUAGAUGUCAGGUUUUAUUACAAAAAGGUUGAAGGUCUGUGUUUGUAGACCUUCAACUAAAUGGAUUUGGGGUGGGAAGAGAGUCACCUCCUUUUCCUCCCCGAUCUUUGUUUGUGUUGUAAUAUACAUAUUUUGGUAGGUAUUAUGUGGCUUUCUCAGUGCUGAUUGGGCGCUCAGGUUGGCGCGUGAACGCCCUGCGAUUAUGUCAGAUCGCGUGCAGAGCGAACCAGCCCAGCCUUUGAACUUCACCGCUUUUGGCUCUCAUUCACGCGCUACUCCUCAUUUCCCAGCCAGGUGCUUCGCAGGGCGAGAAUCCUCCGAGAAAAAAAGCGUGCAAACAGAUCGCGGAAACUUCGCUUCCCGCGCUGGAUUUUGUGUCGCGCGUGGCUGUUCUUCUCUGAGCCGAGCAGUGUCGUUUUGAAGAAGAAAAAUCAUUCAACUUAACGACAAACACGGAAGAAUUACUGGAUUUUUCCUCCAUUGAUGCUGUUUUCAUACUCUUCCUGCUCUCCAGAAGUGGCAUGAUCCGUGUCUGUCAGCAGGACAGGUGAAUACUGUUUUCUCUUGGUUGGUUGAAGAACUUUUUGUUGUUAUUUUAACAGGGAACUUUAAACGGACGCCGUGAAAAAAAUGUCAAAACCGGUAGAUCACAUCAAGAGACCAAUGAACGCCUUCAUGGUCUGGUCAAGAGGCCAGAGGAGGAAAAUGGCUCAAGAGAAUCCUAAAAUGCACAAUUCCGAAAUAAGCAAAAGACUCGGCGCCGAGUGGAAGCUGCUCUCUGAAUCCGAGAAGCGACCGUACAUCGACGAGGCCAAGAGGCUGAGGGCUCAACACAUGAAAGAACACCCAGACUACAAAUACAGACCCAGGCGCAAGCCCAAGAACCUCCUCAAGAAGGACAGGUACGUGUUUCCUCUGCCCUACCUGGGCGACACGGAUCACCUGAAAGGACUUCCGGUCUCCGCCACGGACUCGCUCUUAGGUUCCUCGGAAAAAGCCCGUGCGUUCCUGCCACCUACAUCUGCCCCUUACUCCUUCCUCGACCCGAGCCAGUUCAGCUCCAGCGCCAUCCAGAAGAUGACAGAGAUGCCCCACACGUUGGCCACCAGCACUUUACCUUACGCAUCAUCUCUGGGAUACCAGAACGGCGCAUUCGGGAGCCUGGGAUGCCCCAGCCAGCACACCCACACCCACCCGUCGCCCACAAACCCCGGGUACGUGGUGCCGUGUAACUGCACCGCAUGGUCGGCGUCGAGUUUACAGCCGCCUGUUGCCUACAUACUGUUCCCAGGUAUGACCAAGAGUGGGAUUGACCCGUACUCAUCAGCACAUGCCACUGCUAUGUGACUCCACCACUAAAAACAGUAUCCUCUUUGAAAACUUGAAUACAGCAAUGCAUGUACAUAAGAAGAGAGGAAUGAUCGAGACAUUUAUACUGAGGCCGUGUGGACAUGAACUUUUCACCAUCUACGAGAGGUUCCUUGGAUCCCAGCAUGGAUCUUGGAAUAGAUGUAAGGCAGGUGCCCAGAACUGUAAGAAAUGUAAAUGUUCAAACGUUUAUUAUUAUGGCUACCGGAUUUGGAUGCCUUUAAUUUUAUUUAUUAUGUACGAUUUGAUGCUAUAAUAAUGAUCAUUUUGUUUGAACAGUUAAUAUAAUUGUUAUUCUCAUCAUAUUAUUAUUAUUAUUAUUUGAAUGACUUUGAUUUGCACAACUAACGGUUAGGAUUCAUGUUUCUUGUACAGCCUGUUGUAUUUACCAUUUUUUUGGCACUCUGAAAUUCAAAUGAUACGACUAUAAGGAUUUCAAAGUGAGAGAUUCAGCGUUUAGAUUAUACGGGUUAUAUUGUUUAUAAUUAUUAAACCGGCACCUAAAAUUAGACAGUCUAUUUAAAAUAUCACAUGAAAAAAAAAAAAAUCCUUAUCUUUCAAUAUUUUUAAUUUGGACCUUUUUUUCUGUGGUUCAGUACUAGUCACUCGUUCAUUUGAUUUCAGAAAGAACUUAAAGUUUGAAGCGAAGCAGUUCAUGUUGUAUUUUUUAUUUGCGAUGGUAACUUAAAUCCUGUCAUGUUAAUGGAAAGGAAAUGUAUCUAAAAGGGUGAUACCUCGAUUCUUUGUUCAUUUGCCGAGCAAAGACAUUUUGAAUAAAGACAAUCUGUCUUAAAAUGCAUAACCCUUGUUAAACUAUUAAUGAAUCUUGUUCUUGACUAUGUUCUUAUACAGUCGUGCCAAAAGGUGACAGGCAUGUCGGUAGUAAGUAUGGUGUACCCGAACAUGCGUUUAAUAAAUAUUUACUCUUCCUGUUAUGUAUUAACUUAGCGUUUUUUAUUUUUUUUGCAUUCAAAUAUAAUGAAUUUUGUCGGGUAGAGACAAGAACGCAGGCCUUAACUGCUAAACAUAAAACCUUAUACGCUAAAUAGAUAUCUACAAUAAUUAUCUUCUCAAUCAGCACUGCUUAAAUAGUCCAACGUUUCAGCGGAGGCUGUCUAAUAACCAUCUGGCUUUUCGGCAUAGAUUUCAGAUGAACUCUGUCAGCGCGUGGCGUUCCCGACUGCUCUAUAGGGACCGCCGGUCCAAAUUAAAUGGCAAAACAAUUACUGUACAGGGACGCUUAGGGAAACUGAGGGCGAACAUGAAUUGUGAUUUACCCCGAGACCCACAAUAGGAUGGAAAUUGGACAGAAGAAGGGGUGGUACGAAUAUGAGCCAUGUCAUUUAGUAUUACAAAACAAUUUCCAAUAAAAACAAGUGAACAAAG